UUCGCAAACGUCUUCGCGGUCGUGACUUCAGUCACGCACGUCGUUCAGGUCCGCCAGGCCCCCGCGACGUCGGAAUGCAAGUCCAUAAUGUCGUCGUUCCAAUCCGCCCUGCCCAAGAUGCCCAGCGACCUGGCCUCGGCCGAGUCCAUCGUCGAGACGGACGUGUGCCACUACAUCAGGCCACCCAUCCAGACGACGCUCAUCAGGGGCCUUUCGUCCAAGCUUGAACAGUGGGAGACCGAGGUUAGCGAGUGGCUCAGGACGAGCUCCAACGCCGCCAUGGCCGACAGCGUCACGUCCCGGUGCAGCGCCUACCUGCAAUCCAGCGCCUUGUCGAGCAUGAACGCGCUCAUGUCCUGUGCGAGUGAAUUCCAACCCACUGGUUCAACCAAAGCUGUCCCCGCAACCACCGAGUCUUCUUCUGCUGCUGGGAAGACCACUGCCGCAGAGACUGGGUCGUCGGUAACUCCGGCUGGUGCGGCAACCCCCACACCUUCGACCCCCGGCGCUGGGGCUAGGUCAGGAGUGUCGAUUGAUCUGGCUGUCGGUGCUGUUUUGGUGGGAAGCUUUCUCGUAUUUUGA